CAGAUCAAUUAUCACGCAAUUUGUUAGAUUAUUGAAAUCAAAGGGCUAUUUUUCUGAUUACCAGGUCAUUGCAUCGACAAAGUACGAUGAGAGCCAGUUCACGCUGGUCUAUAACGUGUUCCUCUAUUACUUGCUCAUACUUGCCACACCGCAAAUUAAGCGUCAAGGGACCCUCAGGACAACGUACUUUGCAUUGGAAGAAACUGGUAAAUAA